GUCUCAAUGAAUCUCCUUCCUUAUUUUGAUCGGAUUUAGCCUGUUUUUACACAGUCUAUGGAUUAAGCCCACUGAUUUCCCAGCAUUUAAAUCAAGAACAUUUCGCGUUUCACUCGUAUAAACGCGACCUACUGAUCUGAAGUCGGUGAAAUAUGACAAAAUCAUGUGUAAAAGUGAAAUUAUGUUAAGAAUCGUUGCUUUCUCCCUGAGGUUUAGCUCGUUUAGAAACUGAUUGGACGAACUGAUCAAACGUUUUGAGACUCGACGGAACAGUUUAGCCUACAAUGGACAACUUUUACUGAUCUUUAACUCACAGAAAUAUGGAGACGUUUGUUUUAUUUUUAGUUACGUUACUCGUGGAUGGUGUGUUUGGUUAUACGGAUGAAGUGAAGUCAGUGUCAGUGAUGGAGGGAGAUUCAGUCACUUUAUACACCGAUCUUACUGAAAUACAGAAAGCUGAUCUGAUACUCUGGACAUUUGGACCUGACAGCACUGGAAUAGCUCAGAUCAACAGAUUGGUUAAUAAGAUCUCAUAUUAUGAUGUUUUUGGUGGGAGAUUCAGAGACAGACUGAAGCUGGAUCAUCAAACAGGAUCUCUGACCAUCACAAACACCACAGAGGAACAUGCUGGACUUUUCAGAUUUUUGCAUAUCAUUGGUGGAAAAGAGGUCCUGCCCAAGAAAUUCAGUGUUAUUGUUUCUGCACCAGAUUCAUCCGCAUGUUAUAUAGAGCUGGUUUGUUUAAGUGCUCUGGCUGUGGUUGCAGUUUUCUUUGGUAUUUUCUAUUGCUGUCAUCACAGGAGAUCUAAACAAGCAGCUAAUCAAGGCCCACCUGAUGGAGAAGAACACAUUUGGCUGACUAAUGGUGUAGUAAAUGGGAACACUGGGGACACUGAUCGACCAAACAGCGCAGGUGCAGAAACACCUGAUCAGGAGAAACAUUCACAAAACAGUGAUUUUAUCGUGAAAGAUGAAAUUAAGUUGAUGAAAAUGAUGAGAGGACAGUCUGUCACGCUACACACCGAUCUCACUGAAAUAGAGGAAAAUGAGCUGAUCUGGUGGAAAUUUGCUGAUUCCAGCGUAAACAAAGAGGCUGAAUUUUCAGUCAUAGCUAAAUGGGAUAAAACAAACAAUGAAGAAAACCUAUGCAAUGAAGAAAGAUUCAGAGACAGGUUGCAUCUGGACCACAAUACUGGAUCUCUGACCAUCACAAACAUCACAAAUGAACUCUGUGGACAUAAUAAACUACACAUCACCAUUGAGAGACUGAAGAUCUCGAAGACAUUCAGUGUUGCUUUGUAUGACCCGAAGAAAAUACCAGAGAUCCAGAGGAUUGGCCUUGAUAACAGAAGAGUACACAGUUUUUAAACUCUGGGAUAUUUCAAUUCAGUUUUCAAAACAAUGGAAUAUAGUUGUAUUUUUGUUUUCUUUUUACAGCCAUCUAAACUCCCAAAUUAAAUUCAAGCUGCCAUUAAACAGCAGCUUGUUACACUAUGGAGACAAAUAAGCUAAUUACUGUAAACACAACAGUAUUUUAAAACCACUAAACUGUUGUCACACUAGUAUAGAAG